AUGCCUCGGUAUUAUUGCGAUUACUGCGACACUUAUCUGACCCAUGACUCGCCAUCUGUCCGUAAGCAACACAAUGCUGGAUAUAAACACAAGGCAAAUGUUCGUAACUACUAUCAGCAAUUCGAGGAGCAGCAAACUCAAAGUUUGAUUGAUCAAAGGAUAAAGGAACACCUGGGACAAGCUGCAGCGUUCCAAGUUGGCGCUCCUUUCAACCAACAUCUUCUUCAAUAUCCAGGAAAUAUGCCCCGUCCCCGUCUUCCGAUUCUGCCCACACCCAUGAUGCAACAUGGUUAUCCUCAACAUCAACAACCUGGUGGGCCAUUUGCAAGGCCUCCUAUUUUACCAGUUCCUGGGGCUCCAGGUUAUCCUGGUGCUCCAACCAUGCCGCAGCACGGGGGCCCUCCUGGUUCAAUGCCUAUGCAGGUGGCACCUCCCCCAAGGCCUCCGACACUACCACCUCCAACAUUUGGGGCCCCAGGUGCACCCAUGUCCAACAACGCAUCACCUCCAGGUCCUCCACCGAUGUAUCAACCAAAUCAACCACCAACUGCAGGCUCAACUUCUGGCGCUCCACCCCUGGCCCCAGCGGCCCCUCCACAGGCUGCAUUCUCCUAUGCACAAUCGAAUGAAGGCAACCACUGA